AUCGAUUCCUCUCGUGUGAAUUUUAGGAGAUGUCUUGAAGCGUACUCCGAUUACGAUAGUUUUGUAACCGAAAAGAAGACUCCAGGGGAACGUCAUUUCCAAAUAAUUCAGCAACUUCGCCUUGUCCAACAUUCAGAUUUCGCCGCUCUACUAACACUUCAUGAGGUUUUGAAGUGCAAUUUAGAUUUACUGCAGGAUGUAUACAUGCGCACCUCGAGCAUCAAGUCAUCAGCUACUCCACAAACAUUCGCAGAACCUAAACUCUACGACAGUUCAGCGAUGCUUUUUAUGGAAGAAAAUACCCUAAUUGAAGACUUCGUUCUUCUGCUAGCUGGGUGGGCGUGGUCGGAGGUUCCGGUGUGGGGUGGCGCUUCGGGUGGUGGUGUACGAAGGUCCGAUUCCGGUAUUGUGGUUGGGGGGCGUUUAGCGUCUCAGCAAGCGUUUCACUGUAAAGUCCGCGAAAAUUUGGGAUGCAAAACUUUUGACAACAUUGGAAGCAAACAAAGCAGUGAAUGCUCCCGAUGGUUAAAGGAAACUACGUCAAUGCUUGGCAAGGGUGUUCCACAAUCAAUUAUAUCGAUUGUUAUUGUUGCACAUAAUGAACGUAAACACAUUUUGAAUUACACAAUAGAAAGUUUACUUGAGAACACUUCCCACGCUCUUUUGAAAGAAGUAAUAGUAGUUGACGACUGCAGUCAACCGGCAAUUGACCUAAGUUUAUACAGCUUCGAAAUAAAGGUUUUAGUGGUUCGCAAUACGUUCCGGCAGGGACUCAUUAGAUCUCGCAUCAUUGGUGCUAAUGAGGCUUCAGGAAAAGUUUUAGUUUUUGCUGAUUCGCACAUUCGUUUUGAUAAAGGUUGGUUGGAACCCCUUGUCCUUCGUCUUCUCUACUUUGAACGGUUCAAAUCUAGUCCUCAUCUCCUGGUUCUAAGCCCUUUUAUCAGUGCGUUUACGGAGGAUGGGCAGGACUAUCCUGCAACUGAGUACCUUCGUGGAGGAUUUGAUUGGGGUCUCACCUUUGUGUGGGAGCCCAUGACUGAUGAGGAGAAAGAUACUCUUAACACCUAUGGUAAUCAAUUGAAUUUGACAUGGUUAAGUCUGCCACGUCCAAGUCCAGUCAUUGCUGGAUCCGUGAUCGCCGUGAAUCGCAGUCGCUUCAUGUCUUUCGGUGCCUUCGACGAUCAACUGGAGAUCUGGGGUGGCGAGAAUAUUGAGUUGAGUCUGCGUGCAUGGAUGUGCGGCGGUCGAGUCGAGAUUAUUCCUUGUAGCCGUGUAUCGCACCUCUUUCGAAGCUCUCAUGGCUAUUCCUUUCCCAAGGGCAAAAUGGCUACGAUCAUGAAGAAUCUGAAGCGUGUUGCAAUGGUUUGGAUGCAGCCCUCCAGAAAUCUGCAAAUUGAUUCGGUUAGGCACCCUAUACCUCCAAUGGCGCUCUUCUACUCAUCUCAACAAGAAGCACUUAAGAUUCCAGUUGGAGACCUCACCUUACGUGAAAGAUUGAGACAGCAACUCAAUUGCAAAGAUUUUGCUUGGUUCGUGGAAAGUAUUUAUCCGGAUUUAAGAGUCAAGGGAAAUGAGGUCAAACUUCGUGAUAAUGCAAUGAUUAAAACCCAACUCGCAAAGCUUGUCUCCAAACUUCGAUGA